GCUGGCUUCGCCGAGUGGCUUCCAUCCGACGAGACAACCCUUCCACUGGACUCCCGAGUUAAACAACCUUGACAUAUUCCAAACCUAACCUGAACUCUAUCGCACCUCAAUAUCAUCACCGAUCUCGAUGCGGCGGGUGACACCGUUUUGACCUCAGACUUGCAUCAACCUGCCAAAGAAGGCAUCCUGAGAAGCUUAUAUACUACCCUGCGAACGACCCGAGUACGCGGGAAUAUCGAAGAUUCACAUCACGAUCUGCAUACCUCUUCCUGCCAUUUACGUUCCCCAUCCAUCCAACACUGCCAUUAAGCAAGCAUGUCCAACCGCUACGAGAGAGAGGCGGAGGAUGCCUUCGAGGAUCAGAACGACCCCUCACCGCUGUCGGGUGCUUUUCGCGACAGCACAUAUGCUCGUGAGACCCAGCCCAGCUUGAGGGAUCAGAUCCCACUGCAGGGGGAUGAGGAUGUUAUCGAGGAUCCCAUGCAGCCCCUGUUCUCUAACACGGACCAGCGGCUCGCCCAGGACGAGGACGAAGCGAUUGACCAAUCGAACGCCAUCUCGGGUCGUACACGUGGCGCGAAGCCCCAGGCGAGAAAUCAGUACGAUGAGGGCCCUGACGAGGAUGACUUGCCUGAUGACGUUCUCUAUGGAAAUACCGGGGUGUCGCUUUAGCUAAGCUUUAUGGUGGGGCAAUAAGGUUUGAGGUGUUAUGGUUAUCACUUGUUAAAAUAAGGGCGAGU